CUUUCGUUUCUUCUCCUUGGAGUCGGAAGUUCUGGAUUGGUGCGUUAAUUCUCGGUAUUUUACCACCUUCGGGUUGGCUGCUGGUUAGCUGAGCAAUAUUAGGGGCAGAGUUUGGAGGAUUUUUUUCAAGAAAAGCAUUGCUUUUGCUUGGGCUCCUUAGUAGGCCUGUCAGAAGUCAGGACAGGCAGACCCAGGAUCACAGCAAUUAUGGCUUCAGAAUUCAUGAUGAAUGUCAAGGAGGAGGUGACCUGUCCUAUCUGUCUGGACCUCAUGGUAGAGCCUGUGAGUGCAGAUUGUGGUCACAGCUUCUGCCGAGCCUGCAUCACACUGAACUAUGAGUCGAGCAAAGGCAAAGAGGGUGAGUUCAUCUGUCCUGUGUGCCGAGUGAGUUACCUGUUUGGUGAUCUGAGGCCUAAUCGGCAUGUGGCCAACAUAGUGGAGAGGCUCAAGGAGUUCAAGUCCAGCUCAGGGGAGGAGCAGAAGGUGAAUGUCUGUGCAAAGCAUGGAGAGAAACUCCAGCUCUUCUGUGAGAAGGACAAGGUGGCCAUCUGCUGGCUUUGUGAGCGAUCUCAGGAGCACCGAGGACACCAAACAGCUCUCAUUGAAGAGGCGGCCCAUGAGUACAAGGGGAAGCUCCAGGUGUCUCUGCAAAAGCUGAUGUCAGACAAGAAAGAAUUAAAGAGCUGGGAAGAUGACCUUCAAAAGGAGAGAACUUCCUGGGAGAAUCAAAUACAGAAAGAUGUUGAAAACGUUCAGACAGAAUUUAGAAGACUAAGAGACACCCUGGACUCUGAAGAGAAGAAUGAGCUGCAGAAGCUGACGCAAGAGAGGGAAGACAUUCUGAGCAACCUGGCAGAGUCUGAAAGUAAGCAUGCCCAACAGAGCAAGUUGCUAGGAGACCUCAUCUCAGAUGUGGAACGUCAGCUGCAGUGCUCAGCCAUGGAGAUGCUGCAGGGAGUGGAUGACAUCAUAAAAUGGAGUCAGGCCUUUUCACUGACGAAGCCCAAAGCCAUCCCCAAGAAACGAAGACGAGUGUUCCGAGCCCCUGAUCUACAAGGCAUGCUGCAAGUGCUUCAAGAGAUCACAGAGGCCCAGCGCUACUGGGUUCAAGUGACGCUGGUUGAGAACAACAAUCCAAACACUGCCAUUUCUGCAGACAAAAGACAAAUAAGAUAUGAAGAACAAACAAGAAAUUUUGCAUCUGGGUGUGAGAACUCUCAUGAUGGUGCCCUGGGCUACCCAUCUAUCCAAUCAGGAAAGCAUUAUUGGGAAGUAGAUGUGUCUGGAAAAGGUGCCUGGGUUCUGGGAUUAAGUGAUGGAAGCUACCUCUUCAAUCCGAUAUUUCAUUCAAAUGCUGAAAGCCGCCUAAAUCCCUUAUUUCGUUUGGGUAUUAGCAAUAAUUCGCAUUAUCAACCUAAAUAUGGCUUCUGGGUUAUAGGGCUGUGGAACAAGUGCGUGUAUAAUGCUUUUGAGGAGUGUGCCUUCACAGGCAAGCCCAGUGUCUUGACCCUCUCGCUGAUGGUUCCUCCCUGUCGAGUGGGCGUUUUCCUUGACCAUGCAGCCGGCACUCUCUCGUUUUACAAUAUUUCCCACCAUGGGACCCUUAUCUACAGAUUCUGUGCAAAUUCCUUUCCUGAUAAAGUUUUUCCAUAUUUUAAUCCUAGGGGAUGUUCAGUGCCCAUGACAGUAUGCUGGUCAGACUCGUAAAACUUCAUCUGUUUCUGUGGAGGGCCUUUGGUUCUGGUGUGUAUCUUAUUCGCCUGACCUCAUGGGCACCAUUUUACCCAUAAAUAUAUAUGGAGAUAAUUUGCUGUCUCUAGCCUUCCUGUGUGAACAUCUUUCACUGGUAAAUAAAAUAUAUUCAUGUCUUUGGGCCA